CUGAUUCAAUCACUUUACAGUGCUGUGGUAUAUAUUAUUGUAAUCAACAUGCAUUGUCUGUAGAAAGAAAAUGAUUUGGGUGUGAUGUCAUAGCACAUACCGCGCAUACACUGAUCAGCCAUAACAUUAAAACCAUGUACAGGUGAUGUGAAUAACAUUUGAUUAUCUCAUAGGCAUUAGGGGUGGAAUAUAUAUUGGGCAACAAGUGAACAGUCAGUUCUUGAAGUUGAUGUGUUGGCAACAGGAAAAAUGGGUAAGUGUAAGAAUCGGAGUGACCCUUUCAAAGGCCAAAUUCUAAUGGCUAGAUGGCUGGGUCAGAGCAUCUCAAGAACUGCAGGUCUUGUGGGGUGUUCCCGGUAUGCAGUGGGUAGUACCUACCAAAGUGGUCCAAGGAAGGACAACAGGUGAACCACCAGCAGCAGGGUCAUGGGUGCCCAAGGGCCAUUGAUGCAGAUGAAGAGCGAAGGCUAGCCCGUCUGGUCCGAUCCCACAGCAUAUUGUACCACCUACCUAAACACUUUUGCAGACCAAGUACACACCUUCAUAGGAGCUGUAUUCCCUAACGGCAGUGGCCUCUUUCAGCAGGAUAAUGCGCCCUGCCACUGCAAAAAUUGUUCAGGAAUGGUUUGAGGAACACGACAAACAAUUCAAGGUGUUGACUUGUCCUCCAAAUUCCCCAGAUCUCUAUCUGAUCAAGCAUCUGUGGAAUGUGCUAGACAAAAAGUCUGCUCCAUGGAGGCCCUACCUCACAACUUACAGGACUUAAAUGAUCUGCUGCUAACGUCUUGGUGCCAGAUUCCACAGCAUACUUUCAGCAAUCUGGUGGAGUCCAUGCCUCAGCGGGUCAGGGCUGUUUUGGUGGCACAAGGUGGACCUACAAAACAUUCUGGGUGAUCAGUGUAUGCUGAUUAAAAUACCACCAUCCUCUUGAAGUCUUCGAGAGAAUGGUGUUUGUCAACCUGAAGGACCUCACAGCCCCGCUUCACUUUGCUAGUUGAUUACCAACUUCCUGACCGCCAGGAAGCAGCAGUGAAUCAUGCCUUCAGUGCCUUCCACUAAAGAGAACGAUCUCUCCAAACCUGUCUGCCCCUUUGCUGGCAAAAAGACCAGCACUAGCACCAGUGAUGGACUGUUCCAAACAAAUGGGAAUGAAAGUACCGAGAAUGACAUUGAGAAAUGGAUCCGUCCUGACCUUCCCAGCAAGUGCACAUGGAGCCUGGGAGCACCGCACACUGAUUCCCCACACAUACAUGCAAUCAGGACAAAUAGUCCGAGUAUCUUGCCCAACAUCCUCAGAAAAAUUGGGGAUACGCCGAUGGUACGCAUCAACAAGAUCACCAAGACCUAUGGACUCAAGUGUGAGCUUUUGGCAAAGUGCGAGUUCUUCAAUGCUGGCGGCAGUGUUAAAGACCGGAUCAGUCUUCGCAUGGUUGAGGAUGCAGAGAGAGCAGGCAUCCUCAAACCUGGAGAUACCAUCAUAGAGCCUACUUCUGGAAACACUGGUAUUGGUCUUGCUCUGGCUGCCGCUGUGAAGGGCUACCGCUGCAUCAUCGUCAUGCCUGAAAAAAUGAGUAUGGAAAAGGUGGACGUGUUGAGAGCUCUGGGAGCGGAGAUAGUCCGCACACCCACCAGCGCCCGUUUUGAUUCCCCAGAGUCUCAUGUUGGUGUGGCUUGGCGCCUGAAGAACGAAAUCCCUAAUUCUCACAUCCUGGAUCAGUACCGCAAUCCCAGCAACCCCCUGGCUCACUACGACACCACGGCCGAGGAAAUCUUAGAGCAGUGCGAUGGACAAGUGGACAUGCUGGUAGCAGGAGCUGGCACUGGGGGCACCAUCACUGGCGUAGCCCGCAAGCUGAAGGAGAAAUGCCCCAACAUUAAGAUUAUUGCUGUGGACCCAGAGGGAUCGAUUCUGGCUGAACCGGAGGAGCUAAACCAGACGGAUAAGACUCAGUACGAGGUGGAGGGCAUUGGAUAUGACUUCAUUCCAACUGUGCUUGACAGAUCCGUGGUGGACAGCUGGUACAAGUCCAAUGAUGAGGAGUCGUUCACUUUGGCUCGGAUGCUUAUAAGAGAUGAGGGCCUGCUUUGUGGUGGCAGUUCAGGCACGGCCAUGGCAGCAGCGGUGAAGAUGGCUAAAGAGCUGAAGGAAGGGCAGCGCUGUGUGGUCAUCCUUCCUGACUCCAUCCGCAACUACAUGUCCAAGUUCCUAAAUGACAACUGGAUGUUCCAAAAGGGUUUCCUCACUGCAGAAGACUUCAUGGUUAGCAAGCCCUGGUGGUGGAAUCUCAGGUUACAGAAUUUGAACCUUUCGGCUCCUCUCACUGUGUUGCCCACAGUCACCUGUCAAAAAACCAUCAAGGUUCUGAAAGAAAGGGCAUUUGACCAGGCGCCAGUCGUAGAUGAGGCUGGGGUCAUUCUUGGUAUGGUCACCCUGGGGAACAUGUUAGCCUCUGUGCUCGCUGGAAAAAUCAAACCAUCCGAUCCAGUCAGCAAAGUGCUCUACAAACAGUUCAAACAGAUUUGUCUAACUGAUAACCUCGGAAAACUCUCUCGGAUUCUGGAGACGGAUCACUUCGCCCUGGUGGUGCAUGAGCAGAUUCAGUAUUUAACAGACGGGUCCACCAUAAUGAAGCACAUGGUGUUUGGGGUAGUGACCGCCAUUGACCUGCUUAACUUUGUUACGGCCCGUGAGAAACGUGAGCGAUCCAUGUCUGAAUGUACAGAUGACCAGUGAGGAAAGAAAUGAGUGUCAGCCAUCGCUCAUCUCUAAGAGUUUUGGGGAGUUGGUGGAAAAUAUUUUCUGAACUGAGGAUGUUUAAACAUUAUGCAAUGGUUGUUUUGCCACUUGUGUAAUUUGAUGGUUUUGCUCUACCAAAAGAUUUAAAAGAAUUGAGAAACUGAAAAGUCAAGGUAAAUUCACAUUUUGGUUAUAAUUUAAUUAUUGCUCACAUGUACAAUUAUUAACUUUUUUUUUUUAAGAUAAUAAAUUUAGAUAAGCUAAAUUGAAUGCUAAAUCUUUUUUUUUUUUUUUCUAGAAACUUUCUUUUGCUGGUUUGUGUGUUUGUAUUACAUUGUAUUUGUAUCAUGAAUGCUAUUAAAUGUUGCUGUUUGCA